AACCAACACACAACCCGAAUAAUUCAACACUGAUUUGCUAGCGAAGGAGCGAGCGACAGAUGGGAUGCCAAAAACUGAGUCGGUUAUCGUCAUUGGGACUUGUGGAGGGGUUAAGAUCUGAAUAACGGCGAGAUAGCAGGAUCAGACCAGAGUGAGGAGAGCCGGCAACGAACAGCCCGAAAAGCUGUGUGCUUUCUCUCCAUCAACUUCCCCAAGGGCUGCGCAUGCAGCCUCUGUGUGAGUUAGUAGUGGCACUAGUAUUGUUCUGACUUCACUAGCUACAGUGCCCACUCCUAGAGAGAGAACGCACAACAAAAGACAAGAAAGGAAGGAAGCACGGAGUAACUAACGAAGACGGUUGUCGUUGAAAGUAAUUUUCCUGCGAUACCAAUCUUAGAUUCCAAGAUUUCUCUCUUUUUGUUAUUUUGCCUUGAGUCUUUGUAGCCGCGAGGGGACUCGCUGUGUGGUGUUGCGCCGAGCUGAAGCGGGGCUGUCCACAUGGUCCAGCCACUGGUGUGAAAGUUGACUUCUUCAGAAAACAAGAACAGGUGCCACGUGAUGAUGGUGGAAUCAGCCUCUGAGACCAUUCGAACUACGACCUCCAAUCAGAACGGAGUCAGCAACCUCAGCAGCCAAUCGGAUGGCGGGGGAGGGAGAGAAGGCGGGUCCAACGGAGACACCAAUGGGGAGAUCAGCCCAGUGGACCUACUGCACCUCCAGCAGCAACAGGCCCUCCAGGCAGCCAGACAGUUCCUCCUCCAACAGGCCUCUGGACUCAACUCCCCCAGCAGCAACGAGGUUAAACAGAGCCCUGUGCAGGUGCCGGUGUCCAUGGCUAUGUUGACCCCCCAGAUGAUCAGUCCUCAACAGAUGCAGCAGAUCCUGUCCCCUCCUCAGCUACAGGCCCUGCUGCAACAACAACAGGCCCUUAUGCUUCAGCAGCUACAGGAGUACUAUAAGAAGCAGCAGGAGCAGCUGCAUCUUCAGCUUCUGACUCAGCAGCAGCAGCAGGCUGGGAAGCAGGCAGCCAAAGAGCAGCAGAUAGGUAACAAGCAGUUGGCUUUCCAGCAGCAGCUCAUUCAGAUGCAGCAGCUACAACAGCAGCACAUGAUCAACCUGCAGAGACAAGGCCUGGUCUCCCUACAGCCCACUAACCCCAUGCAGAGCCUGCAGCAAGCCAUGUGUCCAGGAGACCUGCAGCAGCUGUGGAAGGAGGUGUCGGGGGUGCAGUCUGCAGAGGAGGCCCUGAAGCAGCAGCAGCAGCAGACUGGAGAGGGUCUGGACCUCAGCACCAACUCUACCUCAUCCUCCUUCCCCAAAGCAAACACACACAGCAGUCUGCACAUCCUGCACAACGGACAGGACAACCACACCCCAAAGAGAGACAGGUACAGAGACAGAGCAAGACUCUUUGAAUGGAUCUCCUCCUUCAGCAAGGCAGACCUCGGAGAUGAACACCUCACGCCUUACUCCAAAGGUGGCCCACUAUCCAGCAGCCACCACGAGGAGCAUGCAUGUUCCCAUCCUCUCUAUGGCCAUGGAGAGUGUAAAUGGCCUGGCUGCGAGGCGCUAUGUGAUGACAUGGGACAGUUCAUCAAGCAUCUGAACAAUGAGCAUGCUCUGGAUGACCGCAGUACAGCCCAGUGCAGGGUGCAGAUGCAGGUGGUCCAACAGCUGGAGAUACAGCUGGCCAAGGAGAGUGAGCGGCUGCAGGCCAUGAUGACCCACCUGCACAUGCGCCCAUCGGAGCCAAAGCCUUUCAACCAACCUCUGAACCUGGCGUCCAGUGGCUCCCUGCUGAAGAGGGAGAGCGAGGCGUACCCCGAGGGUCUACCUCACCCCCCCACCUCCGCCACCGCCCCCAUCACCCCGCUCCGCCAGGGCCCCUCUGUCAUCAGCUCCUCCAGCCUGCACUCACACUCACACCCGCACGGCGUGGGACCCAUACGCAGGCGCAUCGCUGACAAGUUCUGCACCCCCAUCGCCUCAGGUAUACGAGAGGAGCUGGCACAGAACUGUGAGUUCUAUAAGAACGCUGAUGUCAGACCUCCCUUCACCUACGCCUCUCUCAUACGCCACGCCAUUCUGGAGGCUCCAGACAUGCAGCUGACUCUUAAUGAGAUCUAUAACUGGUUUACGCGAAUGUUCGCCUACUUCAGGAGAAACACAGCCACAUGGAAGAAUGCUGUGCGCCACAACCUGAGUCUGCAUAAGUGUUUUGUGAGGGUGGAGAACGUGAAGGGGGCCGUGUGGACGGUGGACGAAGUGGAAUACCAAAAGAGAAGACCGCCAAAGAUGACCGGGAGUCCUACUCUGGUGAAGAAUAUGAUUUCAGGCCUGGGCUUCGGUUCCCUAAACGCCAGCUACCAGGCAGCCCUUGCGGAGAGCAGUUUAACUCUACUGAACAGCCAGGGCCUGGUUAACCCCUCAUCUGCCGCCAGCCUCAACAUGCUGCAUGGGAUGGGUCAUGAUGACGUCAGCUCCACUGUGGAACAGGUCAACAGCAACGGCAGCUGCAGCCCUACACUCAGCCCACAGCAGUAUGGACACCAGGUCCAUGUGAAGGAGGAGCCCACUGAGAUCGAGGAGGACAGCCGCUCCAUGUCGCUCAUGGCAACUGUCACUCAGAACAUGGCAUUUCCUAGCGAUCGCGAUGACCGCGAUUUGGAUGAUGAGCUUCCCACCGAGGAGCUGGAGUAGGAUUGGAUGAGUUGAACCAGUGGACGGGACUUUGAGGUUUAAUCCCGCCCGCUCAUUUGGAGUGAAGCGAAAUGAUGACCACAUAAAAAAGAAGAUAGAGAUUAAAAAAAAGAUAAAGAUCAUAAUUUUUAUAAAGCAAGAAACCAACAACAUUGACAAACAGGGUUAGACCUCCGUUACAUACCGACGCAAAAAUAACACUCUGGAGCAUUGCUUUAUUCCCACACAUUUUCACCCACCUCACCCCCUCCUCCUCACCCCCUCCUCCCUCACCCCCUCCUCCUCACCCCCUCCUCCCUCACCCGAUGAGCAGCGUAUUGUCAGAGAGACAGCUCUCAGUGGUGAUAUUGAGGGAGGGUCCCCUCUCCUCUCUCCUCUCUCCUCUCCCUGUUGAUUCACACAGAUGGUCUACCCACCCUACAGUCCUUUAGUGCUGGUAGUUUGAUUUCCACACCACUUCAAUAUACAUACAGGUGUGUGAGAGAGAGUGUGGAGAUACACACACAUCAGAUCAUGUGUAUAUAUUGUUUGGAACAGUCACCAGGAGGUGUAUAACUCUCCUCCUCUUCUCCGGUCAUGUUAGUUGCUUUUUCUUUUCUUAUUUUGCCUGAAAAAACUGCUGGGCUUUGAGAUGGAAGGAAGGACAGUGGUUUUCUCAAAGAUUACCCCACCUGCUCACACAUCAGAAACCAAGUGUACAAACCAGUCAGUGAUCCAUAGGUGGGACGGAGACUGGAUUGCAGGAUUCUGCCCUAUGCCCACUCUCUAGCCAUUCUCUGCCCUAUGCCCACUCUCUAGCCAUUCUCUGCCCUAUGCCCACUCUCUAGCCAUUCUCUGCCCUAUGCCCACUCUCUAGCCAUUCUCUGCCCUAUGCCCACUUUCUAGCCAUUCUCUGCCCUAUGCCCACUCUCUAGCCAUUCUCUGCCCUAUGCCCACUCUCUAGCCAUUCUCUGCCCUAUGCCCACUCUCUAGCCAUUCUCUGCCCUAUGCCCACUCUCUAGCCAUUCUCUGCCCUAUGCCCACUCUCUAGCCAUUCUCUGCCCAAGCCAGACAAGACUCUCUUUACUCAUUAUGACAAACAAAAAAAGAAGACAUUGUUUCCCCCCAAAAAAAUACCCUUUGGUGCUUUACACCUCCUUCAUGAGUGAUAGAGUGAUGGGCACAGGUCAUCCUGAGAGAGAAAGAAGAAGAGAGGGAGGAAGGAGAGAUCAUCCACACAGAGAUAUCUGACUAAAAUAGUUUAUGAUUAUGGAAUACAAAACAUUUUAUAUCCAAAAAGUGGUAGCUUUUUCACUUCCUUCUUUCUUUGAUGUUAUCAUUAAUUUUUAGGAUUCAUAUUUCCAUGGUGAUAUAAUUCUGUUUCAAAGUGUAUUUUGUAAAAAUGCUUUGUUUCUUUAGUUUUUAGUUUUUAUUAACUCGUUCUUGUUCAAACCAUUCCAAACUAGUAUUGGUGGCAAAGAAAGUGCAGUAUUGUCCCAAAAUUCCCCAUACCCCAGCCCACCAUGAAUACCUUUCUGUGUGUCUGGGUUUGCCAGUUUAGAUGGCAGGAGAUUGAGAAUAGCACUUAGGAUCGAAGGCCUCAGCUCCUGAGAACACUCACCAAUAAUCCCAACAUUAUCAUCCAUUUGUAUUAUUCCUUUUUAACUAACUUUCAAUCCUUAUUAUUUUAUCUUCUCGUAGUUAGUUGAGAAACAUCAGCUGUGAUACAAAGCAAUGCUUGAAAAAAUAUAUUAUGGCAGUCAGAGAAUACCUCAUCCCACAAAUUUCCGCCCGGAAGUGUGUGCAAAAUGUUAAAGAAGUAAGGGGGAAUUCUUUGUGUGGGACACCAAAACGUGGCAACUCUGCUCAGUUUCAUUUCAAAGUUCUAUUGUUACUAUAGUUACUGUAUAGAAGCUGUCUGCAAUUCACUGUGUGAGUUGAACUCAUAGGAAUAGCACGUGAGAUUUAAAAUCUUUUGUUUUCAGUGAGCGUAAAAGCAUUACCUUCGCUGCAGUGCCAUACCAAAUUUAAACACAUUAUUUUUAUGUAUUUUCUGCUUUUUCUCCCAUUUUAUUUUUGUUACAGGUAACCAAAGAAAUGUGUAGAAAACCAAAAACCCUGUAGUUUAUUUCCCCUUUUGAGUUUUUCCUCUAAAGAACUGGCCAUAAGACAAUAAACAUCUGACAUUUAAAUUAUUAUUGUAUUAUCGUAACUCUUACGUUGAAUUUGUUCAUGACAGUACUGACCAUUCCAAAAACCAAAGUAUAAAAUGCUAAAUAGAAUUUGGUGAUGUUAAAAUCUUUUUACAUGUGUUUAACUGGUGCAAAUGACGACUAACAUUAGGCAUGCUAUGGUUGAAGACCAAAAACAGUAUUAACAAACAACCCUUUUGCAGUUCCUUAGAUAAAUAAAGAAAGCACUUAGGAUUUAAAUCUCUAUCUCUCCAUGCUCAGGCUACCUGUGUUUCAAACACAACCCUAUGACAGGCUCUGCUGUAGGCAAGCCUAAGAUGGGAUUCAGGGUUAAAGAUGACAAAUAAUUAUCUUACCCUCAUUAGGCACUUGAGUACAACAUUUAUAUCCCUUUAUGUGACACUAGAAGCCAGCAAAAAAACAAGUGGGCUGUUGUCAGUUGUCCAUUAACUGGGAUACAGUUAAAAACAAAAAAAUACAUUGUUAUUGCACUGUAAUAAUGCAUGUUUUGAUUAAUUUCCUCAACCAAAACAAUAUUUUCAUUGUGAAACUCUAUACAUUCAAACAUCCCUUUGUGCUAUGCAGGAGAAUGUCAUAUUUUGACCCGGCUCCCGGUUUGAUUGAAAAGGACCAAAAGUCCCAUUGUCUCGCAGUGAACAGUUUACUUAAUGUACUUUCUUUACUCCUCACCUACAGUAUACUCUAGCAGACACAACAGUUUAACAAAUACCAAAAAGGACAGGUGUUAUAAUAAAUAGGAACAAAAUGAUAAUGUUUCGCUCUUAUAUUGUCUUCAUGCUCUCACAUUGCUAUAGAAACACGUUGAUAUCCCCAGUCUGUGAGUAGUUGUGAUAGAGACUGUUUGAAGCUGGCUGUCAUUCCAAACAUCACAUCAGUAGACAAACAGAGGGUUUUUCAGAACAGACAUACCAUUAUGACCAUUUGUGAUAUUUACAGCAAAGAGAGAACAACUGACAAAUUACAAAAUCAUACCAAUGUGAAAGGAACACACCAAGGGACAUGUCAACUUAUGUAUUUUUUCUAAAACAAAAUUUGGGAACAGUUUUGUCAAAUCAACUCUUGCACCAUUUUCUUUGUUUUUUAAUAAAGGAGUCUUUGUAUUGACUUCCUGUGUAAAACAGCACUGUUUCCUGUAUAAGUAGAGUUAUGAUGCUUCACGUCAUCAGACUGAUUUAUAACAAACAAAGUGGGAGAGGGACACCGAGAGUAAAAACCAAAAAUAACACUACCUCCUUUUCAAAAUGGUUCACAAUAAAAGCCAAUGGGAGACUGGAGACCAGAAAUAUUUUUUUUUUUUUUUAAUUCUUCCUCAAUAAUAAUAGUGAAAUAUACCAAAACACAGCUUACUGUUAAUACACAUUAAGUGGGGCUGGAAAAGCUUGUCUGGUUAUCUGAAUUCCAAAUUCAUGAGCGUGAGCGCAAAAACAAAGAGACGUUACAACAACAUUACACCCCGUUAAAGAUGACUACCUCUCCUAAAACCACAGAGAACCGGUGCGUUCUCCUAAGAGUGAAGAGUGAAGUGGUCACCAUGUUUAAAAGGUCUACUCUCAGCUGUGUAUUAUUGGCUCUCUCUGUACUGUCCAUUAUCAUAAAACACCGUGAACAGCCUCUUAACUGGGUGCUCUAAUUGUAUGCACGCAUAUUUAUGAGCCGGCUUUGCCGGCAGCCAAUGAUAGUCCGGUCGUUAGCUGCGACUCAAUGGGGCAGGAAGCUGGUUGUCAGGAGUGAUGAUGGGCAGAAUGUAUGAGUGCCCUGCACCCGCCAUUGGGCCCACACACAGUAGUGCCCGCCACACGCCAGUGGCCCGCACUACACAUGAAUGGAGAGAACAGCUUUAAGAUGGCAGCGAUAAAGGAAACACACCCACACACACUCACAGGCUGUAGUCAGUGUUCAGUCGAAAGGGCCCUUAGUAUCAGUCAAUAAGCCUCAGAGCUGGGAAUUAAAGCCCUGUGACAUGGAGCUGGCCCUUCACGGUGAAUAGUGGCCCCUGUCACUAGGAGCCGGGCCCCUGUUGGCCCCUUGGUUCAGACAGCUGAGGAGAGGCUCUGAGUAACUAAAGAUACUAUCCAAAGACAAACACAGAGCUUGCUGGGAGACGGACAAUAAUAACAGCUUACAAAGGAAUGAAUGAUUACUACUAUUAUUAUUGUUAUGAUCCAAACUCUCACAAAAGAGGCACUGCUGCAUUCAGUAAAUAAAUGAUGUUUGAAUUCUCAUCCUUUAAGGUACACCUGUAAGCCAAGCUGUUUUAUCAAGAUGUAGAUUGACAUUCGUUGAUGAUGUUGACAGAUCGCCAUAGACACUUCUGUUCCUUCUCCGGUUUGGCUGUUAUGGUGUAUUAUUGUAUAUUAACGCUUGGCUUAGCUCUCGAGGGCAUUCUUUACCAUUAUUUCUUUUUGAUUUUCUCUUUUGUUAAUUUAGUUUUUGUAAAGCUUCCAGCUUGGAUUCCUAUACUGUAUUGCUAAUGCUGAAGUGUAUGUAUUUAUCAUAUUAAGUGCUGCAGGUAUCUUUGUUGAAUAGUUAUUCCUUUCUUUUUUUGUUUUCUUCAUAAAACGUCUGGGACGAUGAUUUUUUAAGUGUAUUAUCUCUAAAAAAUAAAAUAAUUACAGUUAGAUAAGUGGUUUAGGUAACAGCUGUUUGUAUAUUUAUCUUAGCUAGGUCUAUUUUGAUACAUUUUGUCUCUGUACUGCAUUUUUAAGGAAAGAAAAAGAAAAACAAGAGUAAAACAAAAAGUUGACUUCAUUAUGUAUUGAUGAUACCUCAGAAGGUCUUUUCUCUAAGACAGGACCAAAACCUCAGAAAAAAAUUGAGAAAGAGGAAAAUAAUUGAAGAAAAUAUGUAGCCCCUCUCUUGCUUUUAAAGAUGGAGCAAUGUAAAGGUGAUGUUGUGGGUCCUUUAUGUGUCCUCUGACCCCUGACCCCUGACCACAGUCAUUCCUCUGAUGACCUUUAACUUACAGCGGUCAAUCACUCAAUAGGACAACUGGGCGUGGCCCUCAAUCAAACACCUGAUGGCAUUUGUCCAAUUAGAAUCAUAACCAAAGGUGUUGUGAGUGGCCAUGGCUUACAAGCUAACAGACCACCACAACUAUAACCAAACCAACCCUAGGCACUAAUCUAUCACAAGCUACUUCCCAUACCUCAAACCAUUCUUCGCUAUCACCAUCGCUAUCAUCUCUUGGACGAGCACUCUUCCUAUUGGAUCAUUAGUGACUCCAGGGACCUCAUUGGCCCCGCCCCUGCUCUAUGAUUGGACAGCUCUUAGGUGUCAUGUUGAGGAAAAGGGAACUUAAAGGACAGUUGCCCAUGUUAUUAUGAACUUCACAGCCCCCCCAAAAAAUGGAACUACCACUUCAGCUGUCCUCUGGUUGUAUCUUAGGAAUGUGUGUACAUUUUCAGCAGUGACUCUCUGUAACUUUACUUCGUUUCAGUUUCUGUUUACCUCUCUUUUAUCUUUUUAUUUUGUUCUGUUUGUUAAUUUUUUGAAAGUGUGACCCAGGGGAAUGGGUAAAGUUGGAGCAGGCGGUGGUUUUUAAGAUGGUCUAAAAGAGGUUUAAAAAAAGGUGACUUUGCCACCGAGACCUUUGCCCUUUCCCCCUUCCCUGGGUGGCCAUGUAAUGCCAGUCACUGCCCUUUUCCUCAUGCUGUAUAAAACACACAUAUAUCUGUGUAUUUGUAACCUGAAUCUUCUUGUGUCUGUCCAUGCAGACAAUAAAAACAACUGUACAGUAGGUCUAGUUGCAUGUAAUCUGUACUAAUUAUUGACAAUGGCAUUAUAAAAUGCAAUAAAAUACUUAUUACACUGUC